CUACCCCACCCAAAAUUUCACACGCUCUCACGAAAACACCUUAGUGCCUGUAGAGUGCAGCCAUGAAUAACGCUCAGACCAAUGGAGCUACGUCAGCGUCUGAGGCRCCCUUGCUGCAGCUGGAAGAUGAGGUGGAUCUCAUUGGCGACUUUGUGAAGCAGCAGCCAGCAGCAACAAUGAGUAGCAACCAGCUGGCACCGCUCCUGAACGGUCGCGAUGGAAUUGGUGUCAAUCAGUUGACUACUCAAGUCGAGAUAAAUACGAUUGGUGUGAACGAGAGGGUGACGAGCGGAAAACGAAGGCCAAAACGAAAGCCAAAAAGAGAUCGCGAUCAAAUUCUAUUAUCAGUUGACGACGAUGACGAUGAUGAUAAUAAUGAUGAUGGAGAGAAUGAUGCUGAUAAUGAUCUUUGUGUCUCUGAUGAUGUGGCUCACAUUGAUGGCGCUGGCGGCGAUGUUGGUGAAAUUGUUGAUGUAUUUGCUAUUGGCAAAAAGCAACCGCAAAGCAACCAUCUGCUUAUGCUGCACGACAUCGGCGACGACGGUGAUGCCGAUGGCGAAGACGAAGAAGACCUUUUACUGCACAACAAGCAACCCGCCCUACGCAAUGGCAAAUGCAAACUCUCCAAGGAGAGCAGUGAGAGCGUUAGCGGUACAGCAGGCGUAACGACGUCGCAGCCGACUAGUCACAUUGUAACACCAACGCGACGCGGACCAGCAACGACAUCAUCCGCAACAUCGCCGCUGAAAACAACGACACGUUUGCCGCACGAGGAGGCCGACGAUAUUUGCCUGGUGCCAGAAAUCGACUUCGAGGGCAUGUCCACGGACGCAGGCAUCGACAAUCGCGAGUCACAGCCGCUGCUUGGCGGCGGCGGAAGUGGCAACCAUGCCAGUCGCAUUAGCGAUCUGCUUGGCGGACUAGGACUUGGACAUGAUCACGUUGACCUCAUGUCCAACACAUUUGGCGACGAUCCGCUCUUCUCGGAAAUCGUGGCACAAGCUGAGUAUGCGAUCGAGCAGGGCGUUCUACCUGAGCGUAUCUAUCAGGGCAGCAGUGGUUCCUAUUUCGUCAAGGAUGCUUCAAGACAAAGAUGUCUGGCCGUCUUCAAGCCAAAAGAUGAAGARCCAUAUGGGAGACUGAAUCCGAAGUGGACCAAGUGGAUGCACAAGCUUUGCUGUCCGUGUUGUUUCGGGCGCGCCUGUUUAAUACCAAAUCAAGGCUACCUCUCCGAGGCUGGCGCGAGCUUGGUGGAUCGUAAACUGAAUCUAAACAUUGUGCCGAAAACACGAGUGGUCCGACUGGUGGCCGAGAGCUUUAACUAUGCGCGCAUAGAUCGCCAGAAGGCCAAGUUGAAGAAACGUAUUAAAGAGCACUAUCCGUCGGCGCACUUCAACCGCAUGAGCCUGCCAUUAAAGACUGGAUCAUUUCAGCUUUUUGUGGAAGGCUACAAGGAUGCCGAUUACUGGCUGCGUCGAUUUGAACAUGAGCAUUUGUCGCCRGCGCUCGCCAAAUCCUUUCARCUACAGUUUGAGCGUUUAGUUGUUCUCGAUUAUAUUAUUCGUAAUACGGAUCGAGGCAAUGACAACUGGCUUAUUAAAUAUGUUGCGCCCAAAGUGUUGGGCUCGGUCGGUGGGACUGGUGGCAAAACAAUGUCGCAUGCCAAAAAAUUCGUGCCUGGCCAGACAAUAAUAGACCUUAACGAGCCGUCAAUAUCUGCUCCAAUUAAUAACACAGAUCGCAUUGAAGCCGGUGGAUCUCCUGCACCCACUUCAAUGGCCGUUGCUGAAUCAGCAAUUGGUGGCCAUACUAGCAAUACCAGCAGCGAGGAUGAAACAAGGAAAAAUCCGAAAGACCCGGACUGGAAUAUGGUGGAAGCACCACAAAUAAGAAUUGCCGCCAUUGACAAUGGCCUGGCUUUUCCAUUUAAACAUCCAGACUCUUGGCGGGCAUAUCCGUAUCAUUGGGCCUGGUUGCCUCAGGCCAAGAUCCCGUUUAGCAAUGACAUAAAGGAUCAAGUGCUGCCCCAGCUGUCCGACAUGAAUUUUGUGGAAGAAAUAUGCACGGAACUGCUAUACUUAUUCCAGCAGGACCGAGGCUUUGAUAAACGAUUGUUUGAGCGUCAAAUGUCCGUAAUGCGCGGACAGAUUCUAAAUCUCACGCAAGCGUUACGGGAUGGAAAAUCGCCGGUCCAGUUAGUUCAGAUGCCAGCUGUUGUUGUCGAACGCUCGAGUGGCAGUCGCUUUUUUUCAUUCACACAGCGCUUCCAAAACAAAAGUCCCUUCUUCUCUUGGUGUUAAUUGGUCUCAGACAUGCCGAGCACCUGUAUUACCCGCCAAUUCUACUGGUCCGGUCGCUUUCUUGUUAUGUACUAUAUAAACAAAAGUUUUUAGUUGUAUUCAAUAACUUUGGAUUUUGUUAAAUUUGUUAGUUUUAACAACAUGUCGAAAAAAUGUAUUUAUGUACAU